AUGACACUCUUUUAUACAGAGACUCAUCUCACCUCUCAUCCCACACUAGUCAAGAAUGAAUUCGUAACAUUUGACAUUGCUUUUGCCAUGAUCACGCUGACAUGCCGCGCGCAUCGUCCCGAAGUUGUGCAAUAUCUGGAUGAAAAUCGAGUACGUAAAGGAGACGCCGUGUGUUUGCAAGCUGUAUUUAUGGGUGCAGACAAGCCGGGUGAAGCGCAAUACAUCAGCGUCAAUUAUAUCGAACUGCAAAGCGUUCAGACCGGCAAAAAGAGAAAGUUUCAACAAAUGCAGCAAAUGCAGCCAGGUGUAAUGUCUCCUGAAGCCAUGUCAGUUCAAUCGUCUUCUACUAGCUUGGCAAGCGACACUGGCUCAGGUAUGUCGCUCUUGACACCAACAGAUUACACCAAGAGACAAAAGGCAGAAUAUACCUUUAUUGAGAUUACUGGCUGCUUUAGAGAAUACCUGUACAUGCUGUAUGGCCAGUCUACCUACGUAUGCGAUAGACACAUGGACUGUAUGCAAGAUGAACAGAGCCGAUUCAAGUUUUAUAGAGAAAGUAGAGAGCUGCUUGUGCAACGGUUAGCAGACAUGAUGGUGCACUAUGAUCACAUCUCACAAGCCAAAGACGAGAGCGAGAGAAAGCUCGGCGUGGUGAGAUUUGUCAAUGUUGUAACAGCACUAGUGUCUGAAACACAUACAAGGUUUGCCAAGUUGAAUCAAACGCUGCCGCCCUGCUUUGCUAUUGAUGCCAUGAUUCCUCUGCCAUCCAUUGUAUUUCAUUUGUAUUUCAACGUUUGA